AGACUCCGAUGCUGGAGGAUGCAGAUGAAGGUGGAGUGAGGCUGUGGCAUCUGGUGAAAGCCAGUGAGGAGCCUGAGCUGCCCAAACACCGCCGAGGCAGCCUCAGGGAGAGAGAGAGGGCCAAGGCCAUCCCCGAGAUCUACCUGACCCGCCUGCUGUCCAUGAAGGGAACGCUGCAGAAGUUUGUAGACGAUCUGUUCACAGUGAUCCUCAGCACCAGUCGUCCCGUCCCGCUGGCUGUUAAAUACUUCUUUGACCUGCUGGACGACCAGGCAGGACAACAUGGCAUCUCUGACCCAGAGACAAUACACAUUUGGAAGACCAACAGGUGAAUCAUAGACAAGGGAUGGGACGAUACACGAUUUUAUUGCGGAUUGUGAUAUUAAAAAAACACACUCACAAUAUCAGUAUAAUUGUAAUUAUCAUGUCCAGCAAAGAGCCUGCUGGGCAACCAUCAGUGAAAAGCCCAGUUCAGACCAAUGAAUCAUGACGAUAUGAAACCAUUUCAGAACAGUAUACAGUGUGUC